AUGCCGAGUCAACAGCGGCCACAACUGUCAUUCCAGGACUUUGCCAAUGCCGUCGACAAGAUGAGCCGAGCCGGCUAUAAAGGCCAAUAUGGCCAUCAUGACGUUCCAGAAGAAGAUAAGAUAAAACUCGAUGCUCUCUACAUGCAAGCCACCACUGGAGAUUACGAUGGAAACAACUCGCUAAAAUGCGCUGAAGAAUGGAAGUUGUUGGCCGGAAAGACGAAAAUUGAAGCUCAGCGCGAAUUCAUCCAUAUGACCAAUCAAAUGAUUACGAGAUAUGGAUGGAAUCCACCAGAAGGCUGGGUUUGA